UUUAAUUUCCCGAGGACAUCUCGGUUAGGUCCGUCAUGCCAUCAAGUCACCAUAGGUCUGAUGAUCACAGAUGAAGACAUUGGGGAGAAUGGAUAGCUGUGUUAAGGAGAGGACUUAUGUAUUGCUGGUUGCAGUUUCAGCUCUGGUCCUACAUCUCCACCAUGCUUAUGGAAACAGCAAUUGUGUAAAUAAUAUAAGCAUUCCAAGAAGCACAGAAUAUAACAGGUCCGCAGGAGAGCCUCUCACCGUAGAGUGUCCCGUCCAGUUCUGUUCUCAACAACCACCCAAUGUGACUUGGUGCAAGGUUUCUGGAGACACAAUAUGCCAAGCUAUAGCAGGAGGUCCGGGGAUCGCCGUUCAAUGGGAAGAACGUAGAAGGAACGAUGGGGUUUAUCUGCUAAAGUUUGUAUCGGUUCAUGAAAAUGAUACUGGAUUCUAUAAAUGUUGGGCAGAGUUCGGCACUCAGCAAACAGUAGGACAUGUGAUAAAGAUCAAUAUAUUGGCUGCUGUCGUGAAAGGAAACACCACCAUGGAUAAAUCAGAGAACACGAGAGUCACUCCCAGUUUGGACCUUAAGAACAUGGAGUGGCUGCUUUAUUUGUCGUUUUCACUUCUCGGCCUCUCUGUGUUUAUUUUGAUAAUAUCUCUCCUAGUUUACUAUCUCAGAAAAGUAAAACAGAAAGCUUCAGCCAGCCCAGAGGAGCCUGAGGAUAAGACGGAAAUUCCUCCAGAAUGUUCCAGCAAUGCACAGCUACAGCUGGAAAGCGCCACCAACGGACUCGUAACCAACGAAAAUGUUGCGGUGGCCGAAGAGACUAGUAAUGACAAUAAAGAACCGACACUGGACUAUGCAGAAGAACAGGACUCCAUUCUUUAUGCUGAUUUAAAGCAUGACGUCAAUAGGGUUACAAAUACAUGGCAUGUAGAUGAUGGGGAGAUUGAAUAUGCCACGGUGCGCAUAAAUGUGGCAUUGGACGAUUCCCAAUGAUGGACGAAAUGGUAGACUAGAAACUGAGAAGAGACAGUAACAAAUUCCCCAAGCCAGAUAUUAUAAAUCAAUUUCCAUAUUUUACCCCUACAUUCGGAAUUUCCAUGU